AUGACUACUGAAAACUUUCGCUUUUAUAUAAAAGUGCGUACUGCACUUAGUAUUCCAGCAAGAACUAUCCAUAAUAAAUUGAAUUCAAUUUAUGGUGAUGAAGCCCCUGAUCUGAGCACAGUCGAACGAUGGUCAAAACUGUUUCGUGAUGGACGAAAAGAAAUUGAAGAUAAAGCGCGACCCGGUAGAUCUAUUACUGAAACAACAACUGAAAGUGUCGAACAGGUUCGUCUUCUCAUCGAUGAUGAUCCUUACAUUACAAUCGAAGGUAUCCAAGCACGAACUGAUAUGAGUUAUGGGACUGCUCAAUGA